AUGAAGUGGCAAGCAGCUUCCUUCUCCGGCUUCCUUUUGGCUUCUUACGGUGCCUAUCUGGUCCAUCUAGCGAACUUCUUCGAGAUACAUGGGCGGGCAGGCAACAACUGGCUGAUCCGGAAUGGGUUGCCGACCCUCGAAACGGACGGCCCCACGCACUGCACCGCGCGCGCCAAGCCCGCCCCCAGGGCCCGGAACGACACAACGGGGUACCGGGACUGCGACACAACACAGCGCGGGGGGAACCAGAAGAUUAUCAACAAUGGGUUGAAUGACAAUGGCCGGCCGACGAAACCCCUCACAGCCCGUGUACUGUGUAGGGAAGGGACUCAAUUCCGUGGACCUCAAACGGUACGCAGUAUGGGCUGCGGCCAGGCGGCUACCAACCAGAUCGGUUACCGUCACCGGAAACAAAGCAUGUGUGUCCGUCUGUCAGAUGGCCUGGUACCCAUCCGAUUCAUCCAGAUCGACCUCACGCCCCCUGCCCAAUGGUACAUCCCGGACAGAGGAACAAGCGCCCUUCGCUAA